GGAAAUUUUCAAGUGCUGCAAAGCCCAACCGUGGCACGUGACAUUCUACAGCCACUGAUAAAGCAACCGUUGACCUUUUAUUUAACUUUUGCACUCAGAGCCACCGCAACCGCACAGAGAACGUAAGAAGGGACCUAACGAGUCCGAGACGACUGCCAACAACAAUUCCCGAGGCUCGCACCCUGCACCCGCCACCUCAUCCCCUCGCUUGUGUGUUGCAUGUUGCCUUUUCUGGUGCUUUGAACGGCCAUGUGUUUCGCGGGUGCCGUCGCACACUUCAUUACGCUGACAUCGACCCCUGUGCAGCUGCACGAGGCCCUGAUCGAGUGCACUGGGCUGGCGGUGGCUACGUCAACGUCCCGGAGCUCUUCGUUGUACUGCCCACUGCCUCGUGCUUCCCACUCGCGCCUCCGAGUUGGCCAGCAUGCACACUCAAAGAACAUCACAAGAAAAACGUGGCCACGAUCAGGACCAUUAUGCGCUGAGCUCGGGGCAGAAUCUGUCACGUGGGAGGGCGGCAGACACUCUGUCGCGCCCAAAAAGGAAGGCUUCGAUCGUGAUCUUCCCAGCUUUAUUGUUCUUUCCGAUUGCAAGACAAUAACGCGCGCAUGAUUCGUCUCAGCUCCGAGCCCUCUUUGUGCGUUGAUCUUAAUGGCACGGCAAACUCGAUCACCCAUUGUCUCCCUCUCUCCACCCCUCCACUGUGCGACGACGCCCCUCACCUCCCCUGCUGGUCUGCGAAUCCUCCGAUUUCGACAUGGCAGGCUACGCGUCUGUCAAUAUGCCGUCCGUCGGGGACUUUCUUCAAACUGCGGAUGUGUUUUCGCGUGCGGUGGUGAAACCUGCGCCCGCUGUAUUCUCGGUAGAAACUCUCGCUCCCCUGAAAAUCGACGGCUCCCAUUACAUGUGCAUGCGCAUCACGCCGAUGUACACCGAUCGCGUCUCGCUAAGCUCCAAGAGCUCCCAGACGGAAUACGAGAUCAUGCGCCGUUGGGAAGACUGCCUCUAUUUCCAAGAUAUGCUUGAGAGAGAGUACUCGCAGCUCGCCCGAUCGAAGAAGAACCGGCUCAAGAAAGGCAAGGGCGUGCGCAAGAAUGAUGUGUACAUCAACUCGGACCGCGCCUCGUCGUGGGACUCCCUUCCGCCCGGGCCGGCUCCUGAAUCUGUCGUGCUAGAUAUCCACGACCUAGUACCCAAGCUCACCAAGAAGGGGACGCUGUUCCGCACAAGCCAGUCGACGAUCGACCAGCGUCAGGUCGAGCUUAAAGCUUUCAUGGCCGCGUUCUGGAGGGACGAUGUGCCGACUUUGCUCGACGAGUACCGCCAGGAAGACGAGGUCCGGGCCUUUUUCGCGUUAUGGCAGAAAGACCGGGAUAUCGCGCGCAAACUCAAGAGCCCGCCCAAGAAAAAACCGGCCAGCACUAUCUAUUCAUUCUACGCCGCCGAGCGGGGAUCGACGGACACUGUAUCGUCGACGGCUACCCGCCGGACCCGCGCCGUCUCCUCUGCAUCCUCGUCGGACGCAUCGACGUCUUCAGGAAGCUCGCGAAACUCACUGGCUAGCAGCGUUUACAUCGCAUCGGACGACAGGUCGGUGCCGUUCGGCCACAACCCAACCCAAGACAGCAACAAGCUCGCGGUGCUGCCCGAAAUGGUCGAAUUCAAGAAACGCGGGAAAACCCAUGCUUCAGCAGCGCGAGAUUCUUGGAUGUCGACUACAUCUGGGAUGUCCUUCGUCGACGAUCUCAAUGUACGGCUGCCGGAUGAGGAGGAGCGGCGGCUGUCGUCCCGGAUGUCUAUGGCCAGCAUCGCCACCUUCAGGACGGAUAUCUCGUCUGAGGGAGUCGUUCCUCGGUACUACAUUCCGGAACACUCGAGUCGCAUGUCUGUCGCAACCUUUCGGACGGAUGCGUCUGCAGAUGGGGUUCUCCCGCGACCCGACUCUCGGGCAACAAUAUCAAGAUCAUCCCUGUUUUCAGACACAGACAGUGUUCUGGACAGUGGUUUCCUCGACUCCUUCCCCCGGCCAUGUUCGUUCGUUCCUGACUCACCUAUUGAGGACGCGGACUCGCUUGCAUAUCACACGGCGCCGUCAUCACCGAUUGACUCGCUGCGCCCUGCCUCACCGGAAGCGCCGCGCACGCCCGUCGGCUCGUAUUUGCUGCGCCGACAGGAGGCGCUGGCCGCCCGCCGCGGCCCAUCUCCCAGCAGCUCCCUCCGCUCAGGAACGGCAUCCGUGCUCUCCGACUGCACCUCGUCUUCGCGCUUCUCCGACUCUACCGGGACCACCAUCACCCCUUCGCGCUAUUCAUUCUCCUCCUCGUGCUCGUCGGAGACGACCGCGACGUCCGUUGCGUCCAUCCCGAUCAGCCCGCUCGUCAUCAAGGCCGUGUACAACAGCUCGAUCAUUCUGCUCAAGGUCGACGCCGACGCCGACGCCGACGAUGACCGGGCGAUCGGUCUGCAGGAAGUCCGGGCCCGGCUCAGGCACAAAUUCAAAGCCCAGGAGAACGAGGACCUGCCUGAAGGGUUUGCGCUUGCGUAUGUCACUCCCGCAUCGAAAUUCGAGGAGCCGACGACCAAGACGAGGAGCUCGGGAGAACCGAUCUCCAUCGCCAAGGAAGCUGACUGGGAGCAGCUGCGUGCCUCUCUGGACGGAACGAAACUGACUCUCCGCAUCGUGUCGUGA